GAUCAUGUUUAGCUGUAUCUCCCUGAUAACACUGUUGUGUUUGUCACCAUGGUUUGCACGUGGAGAUAAAUGUCAGACUAACCAGUAUGUAAAUGGCUGUAGUAUUCCAUUAGGGAUCCAUUUAUUUUAUCAAGAUACGUUUACACCAUCAUGUAACAGACAUGAUAUCUGCUACUUCUGUGCUGAUCAUUAUGGGAAAACUAAAGAAGACUGUGAUUCAACAUUCCACACUAAUAUGAAAAGUGCCUGCACUAAUGUUAACAAAAGAUUUAUACUACCAGCCCAUUACCAAUGUACUGCAGCUGCAUAUACAUACUUUGAGGCGGUCAGUGGAUUUGCCGGAUUUGCUUUUGAAAAGCCAUCACCUGCUUGGUGUGCAGAAAGUUGGACAAAAAGUUGCCUGUUUCUUAGUUGAAAUAAAUAAAUUAUA